AUGGUUGCGAUAUGCAGUUCGUCAGAAACCACAUCGCUUCUUCCUCAAAAACUGAAACGGGACACUGCGGACAAGAAUGUGUCUUUCAAGAAGAACUUAGGCCUGCUCAAUGGGUCCACUCUCGUUGUUGGUGCCAUCGUGGGAACUGGCAUCUUCGUCUCACCCAAAGGUGUCCUCACCGAAGCAGGGUCCAUGGGCAUGGCACUGGUGGUAUGGUGUGCCACUGGCAUUCUAUCCAUCAUAGGUGCUUUGUGUUACACGGAACUUGGAACCACAUUCCCGAAGUCGGGAAGCGAUUUCACUUAUCUAAGAAUGUCUUUCGGGGAACUACCUGCGUUCUUAUAUUUGUGGGUGUUUAUGCUUAUAAUAGCCCCCGUGGGGAAUGCUAUAGCAGCUUUGGCAUUUGCAAACUAUGUUCUCGAGCCGUUCUUUCCGUACUGUUCCAUUCCCCAAGGGGCCAUUCGUCUUAUUGCCGCCAGUAUUUUAUGUCUGUUAACUUAUAUAAACUGCCGAAAUGUUGAAUGGGCAACGCGAGUCCAAGAUAUCUUCACAUUUGCCAAAGUCAUCGCUUUAAUAGUCAUAAUCAUCGCUGGAUUGUACCAUUUAUUGCGCGGUCAUACGGAAAAUUUUGAAAACACUUUUCAAGGAACGACCACUGAGCCUGGUCGCAUAGCCCUCUCUUUUUACUCAGGAUUAUUUUCUUACGCAGGAUGGAAUUUUCUGAAUUUUGUCACUGAAGAGUUAAAAGAUCCAUUCAGAAAUUUGCCACGAGCCAUCUAUAUUUCUCUCCCUUUGGUCACUGUGAUUUACGUACUGGCAAACGUUGCAUACUUCGCCGUCCUCUCACCUGAUGAAAUACUUUCGUCCAACGCUGUUGCUGUGACAUUCGGCGAACGCAUACUUGGAGUGAUGUCAUGGGUUAUGCCUCUUUCUGUGGCCUUGUCCACUUUCGGAGGGUUGAAUGGCAAUGUCUUUGCCUCUGCCAGGUUAUUUUUUGUUGGAGCUCGUGAAGGUCAUCUGCCAAGUUUCUUGUCAAUGAUAAACCUACAGUACUUAACUCCAGCUCCCAGUCUUGUUUUCCUCUGCCUGUUGAGCUUGUUGUACUUGUCAACGACAGAAGUCUACGUCUUGAUUAACUAUACAGCAUUUGUGGAAGCGUCUUUCGUCACCCUCUCGGUAGCAGGACUGGUGUGGCUGAGGUACAAGCAACCCGAUCUGGAAAGGCCCAUCAAGGUGAACAUUCUUCUUCCUGCCAUUUUCCUGGUGGUGUGUGCCUUCCUAGUUACAUUCCCGUUCUAUGUGAGUCCGUGGGAGACUGGCAUGGGAAUAGCCAUCACCCUUUCUGGCAUCCCAGUGUACAUGCUCACUAUAUUCUGGAAGAAUAAGCCGGAUUUCUACAAGAAAGCUAUAAGAAAACUCACUAGAUUCAUCCAGAAGGUAUUAAUCAGCGUGCCGGAAGAGAAAAGGGAUUGAAGUUGCCGGCAGAUAACUUGAUUUUUUAUUGACAAAAUUUAAAGGAAUGGUUAUCAUCUAGUCCUGUACCACAUUUUAAGGGUUUAAAAGUGAAACGUUGUAUAACUAGAAAGCAAAAUAACGGAGGGACAUAUUCCGACGCUUUUAGGGAAUUCCAACAUUCUUUAUGUGUUUCGAGAAGAAAACGAAGAGCCUUUAUUUUAAAUGUUUUUGCUUUUUUAAUGACAUGUUUUUUCAUUACUUGCCGCUUUAGUGUAAUGUGAUUUAAUUAUAAGAGUUCUUGGUAGCAAUAUUUAAAUAUUGGUGAAAUGGAGUUACAUUUAAUCAUUUUUUUUAUAAUUAAUUAGCAGACUGUUGUGAUUCAACUAAAGGAAUACUUACAAGAGGAUAUACUAUAGGAUCUUUCAUUUUUGUAUAUUAAAGGGCUCAGAUAUUGGUUAAAUAUUUUCAAAAAAUGAUCAAUAUUUUAACGUGUAACGUUUGUUACAAUCUUAUUGCUGUUGCCAUUAAAUCAAAACUAAAUAAAAUAAAAAAAGCUCAUGAAAACGAUGUUUUAAACACUAUAAGUUAAAAAAAAUGAAAAUGAUCAUCUAGAAAAGUUUCAUGUUGGCGAAUGCUUUGCAUUCGCUACAGUAUUAUUAUUUUAUUACUUCUGUAACCACAUUUUGAACUAACUAAAACUGCUUAGCUUUUUAGCACUUUUGUAAAUUCUCCGAUAAUACUGUGCGUUUGUGGAUCUGCUAUUUUGUGCUAAACAGGUCACGGGUGAACUGGGUGAUUUGGCGGAAUUCAGAAUCGGAAAUUAGGAACUAAAAAGCUGUUUUUGUAAUAUUUCAACAACCUUUAUCACUAUUUGCUUUAGGCAUAAAUUUUCCAGUUUGGAAUUUUCAUGGAAAAAUAGGAUAUUGUAAAUGUCUUACAAGAUUUUUUCUGAAAAAUUUACAAGUUUUACCCUUUUCAACACACAGCAGAUUCCAACUGUUUUAUUAAUUAUUUUCUUUUUCUCCAAAACGCUCACGUUUUAUAUAUGUGGAGGGAAUUUUAUUUCAAACUAUACAUUAUUGAGAAAAUGUUCUUUUUUGAAAUUAUGAUAAUUGCAGUGAAUUAAUGCCAUACUUUUUGCAUAAGUUCUGGACUUAAAACGUAAUUAUAGUUUAUUUCUUAUGAAUAACGGGUCUCAUCUUCAAUCGUGUUAUUUAUAUCAUCUUAAGUUUUACAGCGUGUAAUGAGUAUUUCUUUCAUUUUUAUAAAACAUUUAAGUUUUAAAAAAAACUUUAAAGACUCCAUUUAAUAAUGCAUAAAUUUGUGUUUCAUGUGAGAAAUGAAUUUUAUGUUUGAUUUUUUUAUUUAUAUCAGUUCAAAUAUGAUAUUUUGUAAAUAAUAUGUUUUAUACUUUUAUAAAAUACAGACAAAUAACUUGAAAGAUUUAUAACUUUAACUAAGCCAAAACUCACAAUUUGAAAUUUUAUUCGCCGCCUAAUAUUUUUACGAAUGCAAUAUCAUUUUUUAAAUUUGAGUUUAUAAUUUUUCGAUAAGUAAUGCAGUUAAAUAAUUAUUUUUUCUCUACCUGUAUUUGUAAAAAGGCUGUAAAAUUCACAAAAAAAUAUUCUUAAUUACUCUUGAGUGUGCUUCAAUAUUUUAUUUCAUAUUCUUUAUUAAUAUGAUGUAAUAACAGUAAUAAGUAAAAGGUAUACGCUAGUAAAAAAUAAGAUAUUCAUUAAAAAAAACCGCAGAGUAACUUACAUUCUAUCUGAGUUGAAGUCAUUUAGAACUAAAACUGUUGAAAAUAACUCUUGGUUCAUUUCGCACUUUGUUUAGAACGGAAUGAAAAUUUAAGAAUUCAGAGAGCAGUAACAUAAUUUGGAACCCUUGUUCAAAAUUUUAACCGAUGCAUCUGUGUUCUAGCUAAACUAAUUAUCUAGACAAACAUCUAGUAGUGUAAAAAUGAAAAGCUGCAUUAACUAUGAAUUUUGAGGAAAAACAAGCAAUUUAGAUAAAUUUAUUAUCAGCGUGAUACAAAACGUUUUUCGUAAUUAUUGGAACAUAUCUCCCUGUUAAAUUAUGCUCAAUUACUGUUGAAAAUGAAAUAAAUUACUGUUCGCUAUUCUAGUUUUUUAAUGGGUACUUUCCCGUUAUAAGUACGUUACUUGGCGCAUUUUUUAUCCUGGCGGUUAUUUUCAAUUUUGUUCAUUUCCACCAUGUUUGGUCAAAGUGACUUAGAAACUAAUUGAUUGUCGAUACUAUCCGAUAUUUCGUCUUUUAAUGAAGUUAUAACGAAAACAAGCCAAUAAAUAAAAAUUAAAACACCAUUAAAAUGAAAAACAAUGUGUCAAAUAAUUUUAUUUAGCAAUUCAAAUGUAAAUUUAUCCACUAAGUUCAAAAAAAAAAAAAAAACAUUCAAUUACGUGAAAAGCUCAAUUAAAUAAUCCACCAGCUAAAUAAAACAACAUUAAAAGCUCCAUAAAAAAGUUAAAUAAUCUAUUAAAUAAAUAUAUCUUGUCAUAAAGAAAUGUCAAAAGUUCCAUUAUAAUUUUUAAUCAGGAAAAGGGAAGCAAACGUGGAGAGUGUAAUUAUUAUUUUUCUAUUUUCUUCAAGAUAGAAAGCAAACAAAUUGCCAACCAAGUGACGUAUCUGUUACGGAUAAGUAAAAUGGGCAGCUGGCUGAAAAUCUCUUCCUUUUCCCGAUAAAAUAUUUAUUAAAUUUUUUAAUAUUUUUUUUCUAUUGUAAACAUAAGCUCGUUCAGUAGGGCAGUGCCUUUAAAAACUUCACCAAACUUUGUGUGUGUUUGUGUGAGAUAACAUAUAAAAGUGUUAACUUUUUUAUGACUUGAACUCGAAGAAUGCAAAAUGCAUAUCGACAUUAUUAAUAUAUACUUUAAUGCAUGAUUCCAUCCAUAUGUAUUCAGAGUGUAAAAUAUUUGAUAGUUGGAAUUUACAGUGUUUACAUAAACCAUAUUGCUUUUGAAAUGAUAUUUUGAUGUUUUGUAUGCUCAUGACUUUAUUGUUGAAUUUUUGUACUUUAUACGCAUUUUUGACUCAUGGUUUAAUAAAAUAUUUUUCCACGAAAAGUAAAUUUAUCUUG